GCUACCCUGUCCUUCUCCUUGUCGUGAUACAAGAAGUUAUGACGCAUGAGUUAUGGCCACUACAACACUCAAACUACAUAAUUCUGCUUUAGUUCUCAGGAAAGAACAAGAACAUACACACAGGACGGCUGCCGGGACUGGUCAAGAUACAGCUGAAGACUCUUGCUGUCGGUCUCUUUUGAUUUGCUCUAGACUUCGUUGAAAUCCUCCACUUUGGCGUCAUCGAAGCUGUCUUGCGAAAGUGGAAACAGAAGUGUAGGAGAACUGUCAACAGAGUUGGCAUGAAAUUCAUUGAAGACUGCUAGUAUUACAAACGCCAUGGUGACAAGUAGAAAGAUGAACGGUUGAAGACGCUAGCUACUUACAUUGAUGCCGCAAUCUGGAGCUGGAAUAUCUUGAGCUUCACAGCACACUUGGCCCUAAUCAUGCUGGCAUCCGUUAGGAGAGUAUUAGUUUGUUGUAUUCUCAACUCGUUCAUGUUGUUCGGCGAGUCGUUCUUCUUGUCUGCUACUGCAUUCAGCGUUUUAGUUUCUUUUCUCAUUCUCAGGCUGUUCUUCAUGUUCUGCGAGGCUUUCUUCUUCUUGUCUGCUACUGGACAUUAUAGCUUUCACUUUUUCAUCUCUCAUCUGUCGUCUCAUCUGUUGCUUGCUCCUUUCAAUGUUCGUUUUGUUGGGUCUCAGUUUUUGUGAGGUCUAGAAAAACGAAUGACCAAUUGAAGACUGUCUUUGUCUUCGUAGUUUUUUUCCCUCUCAUCGCGUGUUUGUUUUCCUCGUCGUCCUCGUCCUCUUUGUUUGUCAUACAUGUGAGACGCAUCUUUUUGGUCUGUCGAAGCCUGAUUCUCUAUCUCUAUGUUGAAGCCUUAUAAGCCUCUACGUUCCACGCGCUUUGGGCGUGCUACAACAAGCCCAGGAGUCUCUGUCACUGGUCAAGCCGACGCUGCGUGAGCAUGAAAAAUAGGUUCUGGCGUAACUGUGUUGUAGUUGUGCUCCUGCGUCGUUAUAGGGUUACACUUAGAUAAAGCGAGAUCAUGUAUUGUUCUAAACCCACACUGGGAUUGCUGCAGUCAGAUUGCGCUUGAAGGCGUACUACAGCCCUGGCCCACCUUUAGCACAGCACAAGGCGCCGUAAUCUUAGAAGAAGACCACAGACUGCAAGUUCGAAGAAGGAGACACUGUGCGGAGGUUUUCCGAGAAUUUUGCUCUACUAGUCAUUAUUCUUGUUUGAUACUAGUCACAUCUUCAUUUGCUCUUCUUCUUAUUUGAUACCAUUCACAGUACAUGAAUUGGAGGGACUAAUAUAGGAUGCCACAGUACAAAAAAAUGAGUAACCGUUGUGGCUGUUUCCCAGCGGUCUAGUAAGGACAUCGCUCUCAGAACUUCUAUCGUGGCUGUGACUGAGAAGCAAG